UCUGCCGUCAGCUGUGCUAUGACAACAAAGAAAAAUGGCUUGCGAAGUAAAAACAUUUGGAAAUAUUUUAGAUUUUCGUAAGAUACAAGAAUACUUUGGACUGGGACAUGACGACAAUUGGCUUAACGGUAUCAACUAUGCCAUGUCACCCACUGGCGAGGCGAUUGCACUAGCGCAGGGCGAGAAAUUGGCAUUUCUGACCACCUGCUGGAAUAGUCGUAGCAGUGAGAAUAGCUAUACGCUCAGUUGGUGUGGCGAGCUGGAGGAUGGCAAUCAAAUUGUCACCAGCCUUUUGUGUAUGCCAAUGCUGCGUGGCACGGAUGUCGAAUGGACUUGCGUGGCAGUCGGCUUGUCCUCUGGCUUGGUUACAUUCUAUACAGAUACUGGUGUGAAACUAUUUUCUCAAUGCUGUCAGGAGGAAUCUGUUUUGGGCAUCAAGCUAUUGUCGCCUCCGCGUCACACAGAAGCUGAUGCGUUGUUGUAUAUUGUUUACAGCAACUGCAUGUGCUUCAUAAAUGGCGAAGACAUACUGCCCAUGCUUUCCAAUUGCCGGCGUAAUAUGGAACGUAGCGUUUACUCCAGCUCCGAUGUGGUGCCCUUUCAAAAAUUCAAAUUCAAGCUACAGAGAGAAAGCAUCCUCAAUGAUGCCGUUAUCUGCACGAAUCAGCGUUCGCCCACAUACGAUUAUAUUGUACAGCAAAGUAUUUCGAACGGCUACUUUGCUCGGGUGCAGGCGACGCCCAUGCGCAGCGCCCAGGUCUUGGCGGCCGGAGCAGAACCCUACUUGGGCUUCUUUGAAGCAGAGGAGGGCUACAAGACGGUGACGCUCGGUGAAGUGGCUAAGGAUGUCAUUGGGAUGGCGUACAAAAAUCUUUUAGGUGGACUCUUACGACGUACACCGGCUACAACGCCAGAAGCGCCGGAACAGUUGCCGCUGCCCAGCAAGGAGGCGCCUAUGCGCACGCGCUGUCGCCUCUACGAUGGGAAACGCGAUGGCCUCACUUUGAUCCUGGCGCCUGGCGGAAAGCUGGCUGCUGUUACAGAUAAUCUGGAUCGUGUGAUGCUAGUGGAUACACAGCAAGCGAUUAUACUGCGAGUGUGGAAGGGCUAUCGAGAUGCGCAGUGUGCAUUUGUGCCAAUCAAAGAGCGUUCGGUGCGUGGCAUAAAGACACAUAGGAGAAAAGCACUCUUUCUGGUUAUAUAUGUGCCUCGCCUUGGCUGCCUGGACAUUUGGGCCCUGCAGAACGGACCCAAAGUGGCCGCGUUCAAUGUCUGCAAGAGCGGCCAAUUGGUUUACAACAAUCACAGUCCGUUGGGCGCGGCGGGCGUGCAGAUGCGUCGAUCGCCCAACUUGAGCUAUUGCCUGUUUCUUGACCCGAGCGAUGGCAGCCUCAAGGAGGUGCACAUACCAUUCCAUUACGCACUCAGUGAAACGAACUCGCAGACGUCUCGAGACAUUCACUCGCUGCGCCGCCUGCGCAAUCAGCUGCGAGCGCUGAGCCAUUCGGGCGAGGACAGACAGGAGCAGAUCGUUGGCAUAGCCAAGCUGGCUGGGGAGCUGGAAACGUUGGAGGUGCGUCAGCAGUGUCUGGAAAUGCUGCUCAAAAGCAAGCGACUGCAUCCUGAAAUAUUUCAAAGUAUUGUAAACGCCUUUCAUCAGGCGAGUGCGCAGGAUGAGGCCAGUCAAGAGUUUCUGCAGCAAAUCGCCAACUACAAACGCUUGACUGAUCUCUAUUUGACCUUGAGCAAAGCUCAAGAGCAUUAUCGCGACAUUGUUGCCCCAGACGUGGAGCUUUUGGAGCUCUCCGAUGCCGAUUUGGUUACCAUCAAUCAGCUAGUGAUUCUAUUGGAAAACAAGAACGAUCAGCCAGCUGUACGCGAGGUGAGCUUCCAGCUGCAGGACUCACAUAAAGUGGAGGAAUUCUUGGAAUUUUUGAGCAUCUUUAACAUCGACACGCCCAACUGCGUGACGCUCCUACCAUCAAAGUCGGAUAAAUAUGGCAGCGUUAGCAACGAUCUAUUUGGCGAUUUCUUUACACAGAUUCAGUGUCUGGAGCAGUUCAAGCAGUGGGUCACCCAGGCGUGCAUACCCACCAAGGACUUGCUUACCCUGGUCAUAUUCUAUUGGCUCGACAAGCCAUUCAAGUAUAACAAUUGUGAUGAAGUCGUGGAGGAAAUGUCCCGCAUCGCCUGCAUUGUGCGUGCCAUCUGUGAGCUGGCUGGCGAUGAGAUCAACGACUAUGCCUAUAAAGCCAUUUCGCCGUGGUGGCAGCAGGUGCGCGAGCUUCUACUCGAGAGCAAGCAAUUCUCGGGCCUGCUGGUGGCCAUUGUCUGUCGAAUGGUGGCCACACGCCUGUGGCGCAGCCGACGCGAUGGCUCAUGCGAUGACAGUGCGACGGAGGAUGACGAACGCUGGGAGACCAUAUCACACGAUGAGGCACAAUGGGGACUGCUCACUGGCAAGCUGGAGGAUGUGGCUGUGCUGGGUGCGAUACUCGGUCAGUCGAAAACUUGCCGAGAGCCCGUUGGACCGGAGUUGCCUUACGAGCAGCCCGACUGCAGCUUGAAGAAUAUUCUUAACAGUGGCAAGGGCAUUGUCUCGGAGCUGACAGCCAAGUGGCUGAUUAGCUCGCGAUUGCAUCCCUCGCUAAUUGUGGAGGUAACGCCGCCUGGCAACGAAACGGACGAUGAGCCCGAGCAGAAGUCGAAGAAACAGAAGAACAAGAUUCCAGACCCUAAGCUGGAGGAAGACGAGAAAGAGGAGGAUGAUAGGCAGGAAGAAAGUGCAGUGGAGCCCAGUCCACCGCUGGAGCCGGUGCUGGAGCGUUUAGCUUUGCUUCGCGCGCACUUUCCCUUUAGCCUAGAGUCCGGCGUGCUGCUCAGCCUGAUGGCCUGGCAGCACAUGGUGCACUGGAGUAAGCAGUUGGGCCACCUGGAGCAUAUGCGCGCUGCGCUCCUUUGCCUACAGCAAUACCGCACUCCAGACCUGGCGCUGAAGCACGGCACCUGCUGUCUGAUAUGGAAUGCGACAUUGAAGUAUCCUUUGCAGGCGACGGCCAAGCUAAUGCAGAAAGUGGGUCGCCUGCCCGUGGAUAAGAUGUGCCAGCAGGAUCUGGAUAUGUCGGCGGGGCUGGUGCCCGAGUUUCUCGAGCUCUGCUUAGAGUUCCUGGAGCACUUUACCAGCUCGCUGGAGCAUGACAAGCGUGAGCUGCAGUUCGAGCAGUCUCUGAGUGACGGACAGCAGCCGCUUCAAUUCCUGGCUCUGCAGCAGCACCACGCUCUGCCCGAGCUGCUCCAGCUGCACACACAGCUGUGCACCGUGCUGCACUUCAUAGCGCAGUUUCAGCUGCGUGUGCAGCGUCCACUGACCACGCUCUUCGACUCCCUGAGUAACAAGGCGCUGCUGGCCGACAUCAACAAGGAGCUGGCCUAUGCGCUGCCAGCGCCAGAUCUUGUGCUGCAGGAUCAGCGCACACAAUUCCUUUGCAACGUAGUUGGCGCUACUAUGGAUCUGAUACGCGAGGACCUGGAGCAGCUGUACAUACUCGACCAUGUCUACUACAUGGCCAGAAUAUGUGCGCUGGCCGACAGCUGGCAGCUGGACAAGCUGCCCAUACUGCGCCGGCAGGUGGUGGAGCUGUAUGCCUUUGGCUACGACGCGGAGGCGCAGCAGUUGCUGCACGACAUCAGCGAGGAUGAGGAACUGGGUCGAUUGCUGCUAGAAAUCGCGGGGCGACGCUUGAAUCUAUAUGCAGAUGGCUCGCAGGCGGCCUUUCUAAAGAUUGCAUCAGUGGGUCACCAGCUGCUGGCAUAUCUGGACAACUUGAAGGAGUCCAGUACGGAGCACAGCCUAUCCAUAAGUGCCACCAAGCCGGAGGAGAUAAAUAUUGUACAGCUGGAUAAACUGAUUACCCAUGUUUACAAAUGCCUAAGCAAGCGCGGCUCGAAACAACUAAUCACCGUUGCCCAGAUGUACAAUGCGGUGCGUAUGCUGCAAACUUGAGGGAAUCACUUUAAUUUAAGCCCCAGAGCAAUGGCAUCCA